UUACGGUCGUUACGGUGAGCGCUGUAGUUGUAAGCGCCCGUUCGUCGUGGAAACGUUCGCGAAGCACCGAAGCCGCGGCACUGUCGCGCUCUAAUAAUAAUUAAUAAUAAUAUAGUUGGUAAUAUUACCGUUUUACUGAUAUUUUAAAGUAUAUUGGACUCGUACUCAUUGCCGAUCGGGAUUUCAGCGAAAUAUCGCUAUUUAUAAUCAAAACUAAAUACAUUUUUGACAUGUGGUGGUACGGGAAAGACUAUAAUUAUACAACUGCGCUGCCGCCGCAGCCGUUGUUUUUCCGAGUACGACGAUGACAACGAAUACAACGUACCUAAUUGUUGUACAAACUGGGUCAUAAUAAUGAGUUGCGUUCCUUGUGUAGACCCUUGUAGUUCCGUGUCCAAAGACGACUUGGACAGGUGGACAAACAGUCUAAAACACGUUUUGGCCAAUCAGACGGCCAUCAAAAUGUUCGAAGCUUAUUUGCAUGCAUGCAAAUUGGACUCGGCGGACAUUUUAGAGCUGUGGAAGAUGUGCGACGGACUGUUGCGCUACGUACAUCACAAAAAGAUCGAAAACGAAACGUCAAGAAUCAAAAACGACUACAUCGCCAUAGUGGAGUGCGCCGGCGAAGCGGAGGGGCUGACGGAACACCAGUUGCGCCGGUUGGAGGAGACAAAGAGCAGCGGGCCGAAGAAGAUUUUAGCCCGCGUUGAGAAACUACGUCAGACGGCUUACGAACUGAUGCAGCAUGACUACGGAUUGUUCAGGAAAAAGUUGUUAAAAGAUCACAAAAUCGCGAAAAAAUAAUGUUUUUGUUUAAAAUAAGUAUUGAUGCUUGUAUCGAAAUAUUACGCAUGUUUAAGUAUAUUUUUUAUGUUAAAUAAUUUAUUUGAAGUACAAAAUACAUGUUAAUAUUAUAUUAUACAGAUAUUAUAUUAUGA